AUGGAUGCAAAUCAAGAAGAAGCGCAACGUUACAUCAACGUUGCAUUGCGUGAAAUCAAUACAGGAAACUAUGAUAAUGCCAUCAAGCUACUGAAAAAGGCCAAAGAACUUUGUCCAGACUCACAAGCAGCUGAAUUGCAGGAGCUGCUAGCCAAACUGAAUGCCAGCGCUUCAGCACAGCAGACACCAACAUCACAAGCUUCUGAAGGGGCCAGCACACCGGGUUAUGCUCCAUCGACAGGCGGAGGCAGUGAAUCACCACCAACACGCUUGAGGGAGCGUCGUCAAAAUGCUCACAGCAAUGCCAAAGUCGGUGCUACGCGUGAUUACACCAAAGAGCAGUUGGACUUAGUGAAGCGGAUUAAUAAGUGCAAGAAUUUCUAUCAAGUAUUGAAUGUUUCACGUGACGCUGCAGAUUCAGAAAUCAAACGCGCUUACAAGCGCCUUGCAUUGCAACUACAUCCCGAUAAGAAUCAGGCGCCAGGCGCAGCUGAAGCUUUUAAGUUGCUCGGCAAUGCAGUGGCAGUGCUCACCGAUGAACGUCGCCGCAAGGAUUACGAUGCAUCGGGUGCAAAUACAUUGACAGCACAUGGCGGUAGCAACACAAAUUUGAAUGCCCACCACCAUCAGCACCAACAAUUUCACGGUAGUUACUUUCACACCAACGGUGGCGCUGGAUUUGAAGCGACCUUCGGCGAAGAUAUCACUGCAGAGGAGUUAUUCAAUAUCUUCUUUGGCAACUUCCCACCGCAUGCACGCGGUCCACAGAGGCGGCCCUAUCAAGCGGCAAAUCAACGUCAACCUCAAGAUCGCGGCCAGCAGCCUAGUUCUCGUCGUUCUUUACAUCAGAUCCAGUGUACAGCUUGGCGCAGUCGAGGUGAAAUCGACGAACUAAUAGAAAAACUGAAGUCAACUUCAGUUAGUUCGGCCAACACCAGCGGCGAUAGCAAUAGCAACACCAACAACAUUCUCACAAAAAUAUCCGCUACAAAAGAUCCGAAACUAUUCGACAAGCAUGAGUUAGCUGAUCUAUUCAUGGCUCUUGCACAAUCAGAGGAAUCGAACAUAUGCAAGGAAGCUGCCAAAUGCAUUGCCGAAAUCACAAAAUCCGAAGUGCAACGUAAAAAGUUCACCAAACGUGAAAUAAUCGAAGUAUUUUUGAAUUGUCUACGUGAGUUGUCGGCCGAUAAGAAUCUGGAGUUGCCCAUACAAAUUUGUCGGGCGCUCGGUAAUAUUUGCUACUUGAACGAUGAGGCGCGCGAUCUAAUCCUAGAGCUGCAAGGUGACGAGGUACUAGUUCGAUUGCUCGAUAUAACACACAUUGGGGACACUGAGAAUGCGUUGCAGUUCAUUAAAGUGCGUGGCGGGCUACUUUCGAAUUAUCUACUCGGUGGCGAGGGUUUGGCCAAACGUGCUAUGGAGUUGCAAAUUAUGCAAAAACUACAACAGAUCAUCACAAUUGGAGUGGCUAAUGUUGAGGAACAGGAGGAUUUGCUAUUGAAUACUUUGCCAUUGCUCAGCAUACUCACUGAAAAUGUGGCCGAUUUGAAUUUCGAUGCGAAUCUCAAUAUUCAGCUGUCGCAUAUUUUGGCAGCCUCCACAAAUCCCGAUUUAGCGGAAAUGUGCCUUGAACUGCUGCAUUAUCAGGCAGAGAAUGAUGAUGUAAAAUUGCUAUUGGCAAAGGAUGGACUCUGCGAAACGAUCUACAAUCUGCUUGAGAAAUAUAAGACUUUGGCGAGUACCAGUGAGGCGCGUGCCCUAAUGAAAUUGGCGUGCGAAUUGAUUGUGUUGAUACUCACGGGAGACGAAUCGAUGCAUUAUCUUUAUUCUACGCCGCUUCUGAAGAGUAUGGAGGAUUGGCUUGAUUCACAGGAUAUCGAUCUACUCACCACCGGAGUGCUUGCAUUGGGUAAUUUCGCACGCACCGACAGCCACUGCAUUUAUAUGGUAGAAAAUAAGAUUAUGAAUAAAUUGCUCGAUGUAUUGGCCAAAAACAAUGGCGUCAAAGAUGAUGUGCGUCUCCAGCAUGCCUUACUGAGUGCGCUGCGAAACCUCGUCAUACCCAAACCAAACAAAAACGCUGUCAUACAAGCGGGACUUGUUGAAACUAUACUGCCGAUGUUGGAGAUACAUCAACCACCGGUAGUUUUUAAGUUGCUUGGUACUUUGCGCAUGACAGUGGAUGGUCAAGAAAAACUUGCCUUGGAACUGCUGCGCAAUAAAACGCUAAUCGAGCAACUUGUCCAUUGGAGCAAAUCUUCGGAUUAUGCUGGCGUUACUGGCGAAUCGUUGCGGCUCAUGGCAUGGCUCAUCAAACACGCCUACUUGGGUAGAAUUGCCUAUGCGCUGCCACGUAAAGGUGAUGCGCCUGUUGAACAUUUCGCCGACAAACUGCCACCAGAAGACUACGAUCGUAGCAGCUUAAAGGCGUUCAUUGCCAAUGAGGGCACUGUUGAGGCUAUGAUCAAUAUGUUGACAUCACAACAUUUAGUCAUGCAGAAUGAAGCGCUAAUUGCCUUAUGUAUUUUAUCUGUGGUCUACUUAACGAAUAGUAGUGCUGAUAAAGAAGAUGAUGUUAAUCUUGAAGAGAUAUUCAUAAAACAUGAAGUUGGCAAAAAAUUAGCCGAGCUAAUACGUAAAUCAUCUGAUACAAUGACCAAGGAAAUUGUGGAAAAUUUGCAAAAUUUCAGUAAUCUCCUGCGCAUCUCUGGCAAGUUAGUGACGCAUUUGGAGGAAAACAAUAUCAAUGAGCUGCUAAAGUCAAUACCGAUACUGACGGAGUAUUGUACGCUCUAAAAAGAUGCACUACUAAAUGCGAAUACCGCUCGGGGUAGGGAGCUUACUAGUUAGGGAACUGGUGAGAGAUAUUUUAAUAGAAGGCUUGUAACGUGUAUCGAGAGCGAGACGAAAUUUUACUUAGGGAAAAGUGUUGGCAAAUGCAAAUUGUUGAAAUUGUUGAAAGAAAAAAAAAGGGCGAAAUGAAUAUAUAAAAUAUUUAAUUUUAAUUUUUAUCAACUUUGAAAUCCGCUGAAAUCCGAGUACAUACUAUGUAAAUGUGCAUGCGAACAUAAUCAUACACAGUAGUACAUACAUACUAAAGUUAAAAUGCAAUAUAUUUCGGCAUCGAGCAGUAACCAAGUAAAAAGUGUUGUAAGUGUGCAAAAGUCGAAGAGGACUUUACAGCGAUCGAUUACGCGUUUAAACAUUUUGCGCAUAUUUUUUUAGUGUUGUGACCAUUUACUUAUGUAUAUAUGUAGGUACAUAUGAAUAAACUCUCAUAAAUAUUUAAAUUCAUGGUGUGGUCGGUGAAAAGAC